AUGGAUAAUAAUAAUAAUAAUAAUAAUAAUAAUAAUAAUAAUAAUAAUAAUAAUAAUAAUAAUAAUAAUAAUAAUAACAGUAAUAAUGUGGAUAGAACUAAAAAACUAUUGUUUUUAAUUUUAAAUAAUAAAUAUUUAUUAAAAGAAAUCAGAAUACAUAAACAACUAUUUAAAGAACACUAUGAAGUUACUUUUUCGUCCAUUUCGAAAUUAAACAACUAUGCAUACAAGGAAUAUAUAACACAAUUAACUUAUGAUGCAUAUGAUCCGAUUUUAGUAAACACAAUACCAUCAAAUGUAAAAUACCUUAUAUUCUCAUCCAAAUUCAAACAUAGAAUCGAUAAAAAUUCAAUUCCCGAAUCAGUAAUUUCUUUAACUCUUGACUCAUCGUAUUUUGGUCAAUUUAAUCAAUCUAUAAAUCCUGGAACACUGCCAUCCUCAUUGGAAGGCUUAAUGAUUUACGGCUAUAAUCAGGAGCUUGUCCCUGGUGUAAUACCAUCAGGUUUAGUUAUCUUAACAUUACCAAACUACAAUAAACCAUUAAAUAAAAACUCAAUUCCAGAUUCAAUUAAGGUUUUAGAGCUACAAGCAUAUAACCAAGACCUGAACGAACACUCAUUCAAUAAAGGCCUACUGCAUCUGUAUCUAAAAUCUUUCAACAGGACCCUAGAGCAUCUUCCUCCUCGUCUAAUGACAUUAAGGCUAUAUGACUAUAACCAUCCCCUAAAUAAAGAUAGUCUACCACCAUCACUUCAAUCAUUAGAAAUGUAUAAAUUUAAUCAAGUAAUCAAACCACUUGAUCUGCCUCUUUGUCUCGAGUCUUUGAAAAUGGCAGAUUAUAACUUUACAUUUGAAAAAGAUUUACUUCCACCCCACCUUAUACAUUUGGAACUAGAUUAUUUCAAUAAACCAAUAAAACAAGGUGAUAUUCCACUGUCAGCAACCUCAAUAGUAUUUGGAUAUGGCUUUAACCAACCAUUAGAACCAUAUGUAUCAAUUCCCUCCAAUGUAAAACUAAUGUCUUUUGGAAAUUGCUUUAACCAACCCCUAUUAAAAGGAGCACUGCCUUUGGGUCUAGAAGAACUAACUCUAUCCUAUCAAUUUAACCAGCCACUAGAGCCAUUUAUAUCAAUUCCACCAAAUGUUCAUUUUUUGAAGUUUGGUGCAAAUUAUAAUACACCGCUACAACCAAACUCUUUACCACCAAGCCUACGCUUUUUAAGUUUUCUUGGUAAUUAUAAUCAAGAAAUAAAUGAUUUACUACCCGAAAAUCUAGAAAACCUUCAUCUGGGUUAUUGUUUUAACAAACCAAUCCACCAGAAUGCAAUUCCAAAAUCUUUAAAAAACAUUUAUAUAAACAACAAUAACUAUAAUAGAAACCUUAUAAUAAAAGAUGAAAGUGGUGGUCCAACUAUCCAUUUUUAA